AUGCCCGCCGAACAACUACAAUUCGUUGAAGGACGUCUUGCUAGUCUUGCCGCAGGAGGACUCAACACACCUACGGAAGAAGAACUCUUUAGAGAGUAUAUCGGCUUAGCGGAGACUCUUAGGGAGUCCAUUAGGUUAGGAGAUCAAGAUUCAAGCGUAGCAGAAGAAGUCGAGGCAAGCAACUCACCUACACCCUCAUCACCUCGCCAACCCAUCCCUCAACAGUGGUUCUUGCGAAGAGUAAGCAGUUCGCCUACUCUAAUCAGCAUCGAGAGAACUCAAUCAGAAGAAGAACUCUGGCAGAGGGUAGGAGGACCUGAAGCCGAGCUAAUAUUAGCUGCGGUUCAGCAAGACUUGAUUGCAGGAGUAGUAGAGAGGGCUCAAACAGAAGAAUUGGGCGGCGACCCGAACGACUUCGAUUUGAGCAGGGCUCCAUCAUUUUCACCAUUCGCAGAUGACGACGUGAGGAGAGCAAGAGCGGCUGCUCCUCCAUAUUCACCACCACCCCCCGUGUAUCUUCCACGCCCCCCCACGUACAAAGACCAUCGUCUUCGCCCAGAUUUCUUAGGACUUGCAGAAGGUCUUGAAGAAAACGCUCGGCAGCAAGAGAAAGAACCUCUUGAAUACGUGACAGCAAUAGGAGAGAUAGCAGAAGACCCAAUAGAAAUCAGCAGCGAGAGCAGUAAGGAGAUCGAAGAGAGCAGCCGCAACCCUCGAGACCUUUUCCCCCUUGGCUGCAAAGCAGGAGAACAACUCGUCAAGACACGCCAGGAGAACAGAGGUACUACCACCCCUAUUCUCGUACACGGCCCCCUACCCCUAUUACACCACAAGUCCAAGAGGACAUCGACAGGUUCUGUGCGGGACCAGAACAAACAAUUGAGUACAUACCACAGCCCUAUACGAGAGCUGAAGGGCAACAUCUGA